UUUUCGAAUUCAAAAUCUCAAAAAGCUUUAAAUAAAUAAAUAAAAUCCCCAAAUUAAAAUUGUCCAAAUCAUAGAAGAAACCCUAAUAAAUUUAUAAUAUUGAAAAAAGAUUGUCUUUGAGCCAGAAGUCUAAAUCAAAAUAGAUGGGGAAGAGAAAGGAGCGUCGUCUAGCUGCUAUGAGCAACGCCGGCCGCCGUGUUAAACUCGAUCUCUUCGCGGAACCCUCUGAAGAUUUGGGUGGCUCCUCAGUACAUGAAGAAAUCGAUGGGGAACUGAAACAUCAUGCUGGGUUGCCCAAUUCAUUAUCUUCUCCAGGUCAACAACCACCAAAUCCUUUGCUGCUACUUGGCCAGUAUAGUGAUGAUGAGGUGGAUGAGGAGUCAGAUAAAAGACUAGACCGUGUCAUUUUGGAUGGUUCUGUAUCUGAUCACGAUGACAAGGCUAAGGGGCCCCUAAGUGAGACUUGCAAAGAUACAGAAGCUGAUGCAGGUGAAGGUCUUGAUACUCUAAAGGUUAAUCAGCAGAACAUAGAGAAAGAUUCUACUCCGAAUGCUGUCCAUAACUUGGUAGACAUUGAUGAGAAAGGAGAUAAUAAUGUUACAAAUGAAUCAGUCAAGAAUGACUCUACAGAACAAAAUGCUGUUGCUGGAACUUCUGAAGUACAGGUAACUCAAGAUGCGGGUUCAGGCUGGAGGAUUGUAAUGCAUGAAGAGAGUCAUCAGUAUUACUACUGGAACACUGAAACUGGUGAAACUUCAUGGGAGGUGCCUGCUGUUUUGAAUCAGAUAAACCAAUCAACUUCUGACGAGAAAGUGCCUACUGUUGAAGAUAUGGAGGCUGCUCAAGUGGAUGCACAUGAUUUGAAUCCAACACCAAGUACCCAACCAGUUGUUGACAAUAUGAUUUGUCAGAGCAAGGUGCAUGAUAAUGAGCCAAAGUUAGAUGAGCUGGAAAGAGGAGGCAAAAGUGAAGCUUUGAGGGAUAAAAUCUCUGAUGUCAAUAGAAGUGAUUUUCAAAAUAGCUUAGAUGCUGUUGAUACCUGUUUGGCUGGUGAGAGUUUAGAUUGCUCUGGGAACUAUACCCAUGAUGUGCUUGCUAAUGAUGAUAAUAAAACAGGGAUCGAUUGCUCUACUCAUCUUUUGAGACAAGGGGAGUGUUUGCUAGAGAGGCUGGAGUCACUAAAAGUCUCUGAAGACGAUCUGCAAGCUCAGGGCUGGAAGUCUAAAUGCAGUUUAGAAGUUGAGAUUAGACUUUCGGAUAUCAAAGCGUUGGUUUCGUAUGGAUCAUCUUUAUCACCAUUUUGGACACAUUGUGAAAGGCAGCUAAAACGGCUUGAAGGUAUUAUUAAUGAUAAAAUUUACCAGCUUGCAAAAUCAGCAAUUAUGGAAGAGGCUGAAGAAACUCCCGACUCUUUUGGAGAAAAGCUCAAGAUAAAGGAAGGUUCAUACAAUGAAGUUGAAGCUGAUGUAGAUGUUAUCGAUGCAACUGCUUCCGCACCUGACAUUUCUCAUGUCUUUACGAAUGCUGAUACAUCAACAGUAGUCAUUGGUGAUGUUAAUAAUCAAGUUCUCUCCAGCAAUGCUGCCCAUAUGGUAAGUGUUCCUACUGAACAUUGUGAACGUGAAGUCGAAGAAGGUGAACUGGUAGAUGGAGAUACGCUUUCUGGAGAAAAUUCUAAGACUGGAGUCCAUGCCAGAGAAGAUGAUGAUAUGGAUGUGGACAUGGAAGUUGAAGAUGUAAUACCACCAAGCGCAAUGCCACUCAUGCAACAAAACCCUUCUUCUGAUUACUCAGCUGUUCCUCCACUUCCGAGUGAGGAGUGGAUUCCUCCACCACCUCCUGAUACUGAACAAAUUCCACCACCUCCUCCUGAUAAUGAACAAGUUCCUCCCCCACCACCUAAUGAGCCUCCUGAACAUUCCUAUCCUCUUGCCCCAUCUCAUAUAGAGACUACACCUCUUACUUACGCGGAACAAUACGGCCUAACUUAUUCUGAUGCCAGUUAUCAGUAUUAUGGACAUGCAGUUAAUGAAAUUCCUGUUGGUGGUUUCUAUGGACAUGCUGAUGGAUCUCAAAUUGCUGUACCCCAAGCCGCACUUUACUAUCAAGCAGUUCCUAACACAUACUCUGAUGGUGCAUCAGUAUCUGUUAACUCUGUUGAACCUAUAAUAUUUUAUGACCUUCAAGGUAGAAGAGCAUCAUCCGUGCCUAUAGCUGGGAGUACAGAAUCUUUUCAUUUGCCUAGUGAAGUGGGUACAAUUAGUUCCAAUACUCUUGCUUCAAAUCAAGUCGAAUCUGGUGGUGAUAUUGCAUUAACAGGAACUGAUGUGCGAGCCAAUGGUCCUAUUGUUAAUGAGAAGACCGAGGUAGCAUCAGUUGGGAGCUCAUCUACUUCGGCCACUAUUGAAGCUCCUGCAACUGUUUCUGUUAGAGAAAGUGCUGCCGCCGCCGCUGCAGCCGCAUCUGCAGCAGCUGCAACUUCAUCAUCAGCUCCAAAGGUUCAAUCUAAAGCUGCACGAACUAAAAAGCGGACAGUUGCUGUCACAUCCUCCUUAAGGUCGAAUAAGAAGGUCUCCUCUUUGGUGGACAAGUGGAAAGCUGCCAAAGAGGAAUUGCAAGAGAAUGCAGAAGAUGAGCCUGAAAAUGCUUACGAGAAAUUAGAAAAAAAGCGACAACGAGAAAUAGAGGAAUGGCAUGCUCAGCAACUUGCCAGCGGAGAGGCUAAAGAUAAUGCAAAUUUUCAGCCUUUGGGUGGUGAUUGGCGUGAAAAAGUAAAGCGGAGAAGAGCGCAGAAGGCUAAAGAAUCUACGGAAACUCCCUCGGUGGCACAUCCUGAUGGAAACCAACAACCUGAUUUAGAUGAACUCUCAAGGGGCCUCCCUUCGGGAUGGCAGGCUUAUUGGGACGAAGCUUCGAAACAACCCUAUUAUGGCAACAUUAACACGUCGGAGACAACUUGGAUUAGACCAACAAAAUAAGUUUUUGAGAUUGAUUAUUAUCAUUUAUUUGUCAUAACAAAUUUUGAGUUGGAUCAAUAUAUAAUUUCACGUUUCACUUUUCUCUCAAAUGUACAUCUUUCUAGAGGCAGCUUAGGAAUGAAUCAGGUAAUUUCGCCCGGUGUAGUCAUUGUUAUGUUCUCAAAGGUUCUCUACUUUUAUUUGGUCAUUAGUUUA